AUGUCAGAUAAUAUUCCUGGUGGUGGUGUUGUUCCUGGACAAUAUAUCACACCUACUUAUAAAUUAGAAAACAAUGAUUCAUCUAUACCAGUGAAAUAUAUACCUGGACCGGGGACAAUAAUAUCAAAUAUCAAUAUACCUACCACCACCACCACCACCCCAACAACAACAGCAACCAGUAAUUUAAUAAAAUCAAUGCCAAUUAUAGUCUCAACCAUAUUAGGGACAGUGUCUAUUUCACCUAUUGAUCAAACACAAUCAACAUCAUCUACCAAUAAUGAUGAUGAUAUGAUUAUUGAUCAUGAACAAACACAAACUAAACAAGAUGAAGAUAAAUAUGUCAAGAGUUAUUUAGUCACAGUGAUACCUAAAUCAACUAAACUUCAACCCACUACGACCACCAAUAACUCUGGUGCUGUAUCUUCAAUUGCUUUACCUAAAGAAAAUGAUAUCGUAUUAGUUCGUAUUACUAAAAUCACCAAAAUUCAAGCAUAUUGUGAAAUCAUAUCAUUGGAUACUACAACCAACAUUUUACUGGAUUCAGGUAUUAGUAGUAAUGGUAAUGGAUCACAUGUAUCAAUGUCUACUACGGGUAGUAAUUCUCAACAUUUAUUUAAUCAAAAUUCUAUUGCUUGUAGUCAAUCAACUAAUCAAUCAGUACAAAUUUAUGAAUUGGGAGAAAAUUUUAAAGGAAUCAUUAGAAUUAAUGAUAUUAGAUCUACUGAAAGAGAUAAAUUGAAAAUAAUUGAUUGUUUUAAACCUGGAGAUAUUGUUAAAGCUCAAGUUAUAUCAUUAGGUGAUGGAUCAAAUUAUUAUUUAUCAACUGCUAAAAAUGAAUUAGGAGUAGUAUUCGCUAAAAGUGAAAAUGGAGCUGGUGAUUUAAUGUAUCCUAUAGAUUGGCAAAAUAUGAUUGAUAUUAAUAGUGGAAUUAUAGAAAAACGUAAAAAUGCUAAUCCAUUUUUAAACUAA